ACGCGAUCUUCCCAGAUGUCCUUCACUGCGACGCCGGGACACCACGGACCCUGGGUGCAUCCACAGCGGAGGACGCGAGCCGGGUCCCGGGCGACGACUUCUCCCCCUCCUGCCUUCGACAUCUCCAUCCGGAACCGCUUCGCUCCCCUCCGCGAGACAGGACGCGACGCUGUGAUCAUCGGAGACUCCAUCGUCCGACACAUACCCGCGAUCCUGAAGGUCGACGAGAGCCCCAGAGCGGUCGUGCUUCAUGCCGGGGUUAACGACACCACGCUGCGGCAGACGGAGACGCUGAAGAGGGACUUCAGCAGCCUGAUCGAGACGGUUCGCAGCACGACGCCCGCGGCGACGAUCGUCGUGUCAGGACCACUGCCCACGUAUCGACGAGGACACGAAAGGUUCAGUAGACUUUUUGCUUUAAAUGAAUGGCUGUUGUCAUGGUGUAAAGAACAGAAACUGCUAUUUGUUAAUAACUGGAAUCUUUUCUGGGAGCGUCCUAGGCUGUUUCGCGCUGAUGGAUUACACCCCAGCAGAAUCGGAGCGGAGCUUCUCUCUGACAACAUCUCCAGGACACUUCGCUCCAUGUGACUAGUAAGACAAUUCUCUAAUAACUAUUAUGAUGAGUUUUGUUCCACCCGCUUAAAUGAUAAAAGUACUUGUGCUGUAAAAACUAUUAAGACUGUGUCUGUUCCCCGAAUAGUGAGGUCAAAAUAUAAUGUAGGAUCUAGAAAAAAUCUUAUCGUAAUUAAACCAGAAAAAUGUAAAGUAAAUGAACAAAAACAAUUUUUAAAGUUUGGGCUCAUAAAUAUUAGAUCACUCACACCCAAAGCAGUUAUUGUAAAUGAAAUGAUCACAGAAAAUAGUUUUGAUGUACUCUGCUUGACUGAAACCUGGCUAAAACCAAAUGAUUAUUUUGGUCUAAAUGAGUCUACUCCACCAAACUACUGUUAUAAGCAUGAGCCCCGUCAGACUGGUCGUGGAGGAGGUGUUGCAACAAUAUAUAGUGAUAUUCUCAAUGUUACCCAGAAAACAGGAUACAGGUUUAACUCUUUUGAAAUACUUCUGCUAAAUGUUACACUGUCAGACAU